CAGGUUGCAGCAGAGCGUGCAGCAGCAGAGGGGCUGCAGGCUGGGGGCCCCCAGGGGGCCGCCCCAGGGGCCCCUGAGGCCCCCACGGGGGCCCCUCUGGGGGCCCCCCAUCCAACAGAAGAAUUACGCUUAGCAACGGGGUCAAUAAAAAGAUUUUCAACACUUACUCUUAUUCCUGGGCAGCCAAGGAAGUGGAAGAAGGCGCUGCUGCAACAAGGGGGGGGCCCCUCACGUCGUACGGCCCGCAGCGCUCGUCUCGUUGCUUCACAGAUAAGAGAGACAGCAAGACAGCUGGGGCAGCAGCAGCACCAGCAAAUGCCUUUGCUGCCGCUGGCUGUUCCUGCUGCUGCUGCUGACAAAUCAGCCACAGCAGCAGCAGCAGCAGCAGCAGCAGCAACGCCUGCAGCAGGUACGCCGCAAGGAACUGCACCUUCUAGCCCUGCUGUUGCUGCAACAGCAGCAGCAGCAACUGCAGCAACAACAGCAGCAGCAGGAGGGCAGACCGCGAACGGAGACGCAAAGCCAGGAGAACAGGCCGCAGCAGCAGCAACGGCAGCAGCAGCAACUGCAGCAGCGGCAGCAACCGCAGCUGAUGCAGCAGCAGCAGGCAAGACAGAAGCAGCAGAAGGAGAUAAAACACUUGUAUCGAUAGCAGCAGCAGAGCAUGCAGCAGCAACAGCAGCAACAACAGCAGCAACAGCAGCAACAACAGCUGCAACGGCAGAUGCCGCUUCAGCAAUUCCUGUUGCUUCGUUUGCGUCCUCACCUGCUGCAGCAGCACCUGCUGCACCUGCUGCAGCAGCACCUGCUGCAACAGCGCUUGAUGCAGCAGCGGCACCUGCUGCAGAAGUUGCAGCAGUACCUGCUGCAGCAGUAGCAGCAGCAACUGCUGCAGCAGUAGCAGCAGCACCUACUGCAGCAGGUGAUGCAGCGCCUCUUGGGGCCAUAGAGGGGAAACCCGGGGGGCAGCAGCCUGCUGCUGCUCCUCCUCUUGCUGCUGCUGCUCCUCUUGCUGCUGCUGCUCUUGCUGCAGUUCCCUCGGACAGCACUGCAGCUGCUGCAGGUGCUGAAGGAGCAGCGACUUCAUAA